AUGCGACCCUUUAGCCCUCUUUGGGCUUCUUGCCUAGCUGCCUUCUUCACCGUUAACACUGGUGUCGCGGUUGCGCAGUCUCCGCCCAAUCCCAAUGCCACAUGGCCGCUCCAGUCGUUUCAAAGCACGGACAUUCAGACGCCCUACCUUAACGUCACAAAAAACGGUAAGACGGAACUCGGAUACCUAUUUUUCACCCCACGGGGCAUGAACGGUGGCCAUUCUUCUAUCUUUGAAGACAAUGGCCAACUUGUCUGGCAGGGUCCCAAAGGUGCUAUUUUUGCUUUUGAACCGCAGAUGUUGGAUGGAGAGCCAGUGCUAGUCUAUUGGGACGGCGUGCUCAAUGGCACAGGCUACGGAUACGGCUCUAUCAAUAUCCUCGACAAUACAUACCAACGAAUCCACGAGGUCACCCUUUCUGGCGAGGACUUCAAAACGUCGUACGAGCCGCGAACGUUUCCGUCCUAUAUUAGUAUCCAUGAGGGCUUCAUCACUGAAAAGGGAUCCAUAAUUGUAACGGCGGUCAACGUCACGCAGUUUGAUCUUGAGUCCGUUGGCGGCCCGCGGGACGGCUGGGUGAUGGAUUCGCUGAUUUACGAGAUCGACAUCAAGACCAACAAAGUAUCAUUCCGCUGGAGCGCCCUAGAACAUAUCUCCGAAAUUCCGUUCGACUUAUCCCAAAAGCCACUUGGUGGUUCGGGCGUAUCUGAAAAAGAUCCUUGGAACUACUUCCACCUAAACUCCGCUGCGAAAUACGGGGAUUCUUACCUCGUGUCAUUCCGUUACGGAUGCGCUGCUAUCCUUAUUGCCCGUGAUGGCACUGUUACCUGGCAGCUCAAUCAUGAGGUCCGUCUUGCAAGUCUGAGCAAGGACAAGGCCGUCUUCUACGCCCAUAACAACGAAAAUUCGGACUUCACCAACAUGACAGAAACAACAACCGGAUUGGUCCUGGAUCUCGAUCUAAAAGCCAUGACAGCUUCCUUGAGCCGAAAACUGUGGAACUCUCAGCAUCCCGUUGCAUCUAGGGCCCAGGGGAGCUUCCAGAAUCUUCCCAACAAACACGUAUUGCUGGGCCACGGGGUGAUCCCAGUCAUUGAAGAAUACGACGAACACGGCGCGCUGGUCAUGGACGCCCGCUUCGGGUUCGACAACACUAUCUCCACCUACCGAGCAUACCGUCAUUUCUGGAAAGGCGUACCAAAAACCAAACCGAGUGUCAAAGCAUGCCGCGACGCAGAGACUAAAGAGGUGGUGGUCUUUGUGAGCUGGAACGGAGCGACGGGUGUGGAAUCAUGGAAGCUCUAUAAAAGCCCACGUAGAUGGUGGCCCAAGCUUGUCAAGACUGCGCCGCGGAAUGGGUUUGAGACAAUCAUCCGCGCGCGAGAUGCUGGUGAUAGGAUUGUUGUCAAGGCAGUCGGCGGCCCGAAUAACGGAGUGCAAUCCGAGGUGAUCACCGUGGACGGUGGCUGCAACUAA